UUUAACUUGAAAAAGUCUCAUUGGAGCAUCUAGCAUUCUCCAGGAGUUAUUCGAAAGCUAAAACUUUGAGUGGAUUGUGGGCCUGGGAAGAAGAAGGAUUCCGAGGGUGGAAUUGGGAAGAGCGUGCGUGCGUGUGUGUGUGUGUGCGCGCGCGCGAGUGGGUCGGGGCGGGGGCGUUGGGGGGCCACUGGGAAUUCGGUGAAGAGGGCACCCCAUACCAUGGCAGUGCCCAGCGACGCUGCACGAGUCAGGGACAAGCCCGUCCACAGUGGGGUGAGUCAAGCCCCCACGGCGGGCCGGGACUGCCACCAUCGUGCGGACCCCGCAUCGCCGCGGGACUCGGGCUGCCGUGGCUGCUGGGGAGACCUGGUGCUGCAGCCGCUCCGGCGCUCUCGGAAACUUUCCUCCGCGCUGUGCGCGGGCUCCCUGUCCUUUCUGCUGGCGCUGCUGGUGAGGCUGGUCCGCGGGGAGGUCGGAUGUGACCUGGAGCAGUGUAAGGAGGCGGCGGCGGCGGAGGAGGAGGAGGAAGCAGCCCCGGGAGCAGAAGGGGGCGUCUUCCCGGGGCCUCGGGGAGGUGCUCCCGGGGGCGGCGCGCGGCUCAGCCCCUGGCUGCAGCCCUCGGCGCUGCUCUUCAGUCUCCUGUGUGCCUUCUUCUGGAUGGGCUUGUACCUCCUGCGCGCCGGGGUGCGCCUGCCUCUGGCUGUCGCGCUGCUGGCCGCCUGCUGCGGGGGGGAAGCGCUCGUCCAGAUUGGGCUGGGCGUCGGGGAGGAUCACUUACUCUCACUCCCCGCCGCGGGGGUGGUGCUCAGCUGCUUGGCCGCCGCGACAUGGCUGGUGCUGAGGCUGAGGCUGGGCGUCCUCAUGAUCGCCUUGACUAGCGCGGUCAGGACCGUGUCCCUCAUUUCCUUAGAGAGGUUCAAGGUCGCCUGGAGACCUUACCUGGCGUACUUGGCCGGCGUGCUGGGGAUCCUCUUGGCCAGGUACGUGGAACAAAUCUUGCCGCAGUCCGCGGAGGCGGCUCCAAGGGAGCACUUGGGGUCCCAGCUGAUUGCUGGGACCAAGGAAGAUAUCCCGGUGUUUAAGAGGAGGAGGCGGUCCAGCUCCGUCGUGUCCGCCGAGAUGUCCGGCUGCAGCAGCAAGUCCCAUCGGAGGACCUCCCUGCCCUGUAUACCGAGGGAACAGCUCAUGGGGCAUUCAGAAUGGGACCACAAACGAGGGCCAAGAGGAUCACAGUCUUCAGGAACCAGUAUUACUGUGGACAUUGCCGUCAUGGGCGAGGCCCACGGCCUCAUUACCGACCUCCUGGCAGACCCUUCUCUUCCACCAAACGUGUGCACAUCCUUGAGAGCCGUGAGCAACUUGCUCAGCACACAGCUCACCUUCCAGGCCAUUCACAAGCCCAGAGUGAAUCCCGUCACUUCGCUCAGUGAAAACUAUACCUGUUCUGACUCUGAAGAGAGCUCUGAAAAAGACAAGCUUGCUAUUCCAAAGCGCCUGAGAAGGAGUUUGCCCCCUGGCUUGUUGAGACGAGUUUCUUCCACUUGGACCACCACCACCUCGGCCACAGGUCUACCCACCUUGGAGCCUGCACCAGUACGGAGAGACCGCAGCACCAGCAUCAAACUGCAGGAAGCACCUUCAUCCAGUCCUGAUUCUUGGAAUAAUCCAGUGAUGAUGACCCUCACCAAAAGCAGAUCCUUUACUUCAUCCUAUGCUAUUUCUGCAGCUAACCAUGUAAAGGCUAAAAAGCAAAGUCGACCAGGUGCCCUCGCUAAAAUUUCACCUCUUUCAUCGCCCUGCUCCUCACCUCUCCAAGGGACUCCUGCCAGCAGCCUGGUCAGCAAAAUUUCUGCAGUGCAGUUUCCAGAAUCUGCUGACACAACUGCCAAACAAAGCCUAGGUUCUCACAGGGCCUUAACUUACACUCAGAGUGCCCCAGACCUAUCCCCUCAAAUCCUGACUCCACCUGUUAUAUGUAGCAGCUGUGGCAGACCAUAUUCCCAAGGGAAUCCUGCUGAUGAGUCCCUGGAGAGAAGUGGGGUAGCCACUCGGACACCAAGUAGAACAGAUGACACUGCUCAAGUUACCUCUGAUUAUGAAACCAAUAACAACAGUGACAGCAGUGACAUUGUACAGAAUGAAGAUGAAGCAGAGUGCCUGAGAGAGCCUCUGAGGAAAGCAUCGGCUUGCAGCACCUAUGCUCCUGAGACCAUUAUGUUUCUGGACAAACCAAUUCUUGCUCCCGAACCUCUUGUCAUGGAUAACCUGGACUCCAUUAUGGAGCAGCUAAAUACUUGGAAUUUUCCAAUUUUUGAUUUAGUGGAAAAUAUAGGAAGAAAAUGUGGCCGUAUUCUUAGUCAGGUAUCUUACAGACUUUUUGAAGACAUGGGCCUCUUUGAAGCUUUUAAAAUUCCAAUUAGGGAAUUUAUGAAUUAUUUUCAUGCUUUGGAGAUUGGAUAUAGGGAUAUUCCUUAUCAUAACAGAAUCCAUGCCACUGAUGUUUUACAUGCUGUUUGGUAUCUUACUACACAGCCUAUUCCAGGCCUCUCAACUGUGAUUAAUGAUCAUGGUUCAACCAGUGAUUCAGAUUCUGACAGUGGAUUUACACAUGGACAUAUGGGAUACGUAUUCUCAAAAACGUAUAAUGUGACAGAUGAUAAAUACGGAUGUCUGUCUGGGAAUAUCCCUGCCUUAGAGUUGAUGGCGCUGUAUGUGGCUGCAGCCAUGCACGAUUAUGAUCACCCAGGAAGGACUAAUGCUUUCCUGGUUGCAACUAGUGCUCCUCAGGCGGUGCUAUAUAACGAUCGUUCAGUUUUGGAGAAUCAUCACGCAGCUGCUGCAUGGAAUCUUUUCAUGUCCCGGCCAGAGUAUAACUUCUUAGUUAACCUUGACCAUGUGGAAUUUAAGCAUUUCCGUUUCCUUGUCAUUGAAGCAAUUUUGGCCACUGACCUGAAGAAACACUUUGACUUCGUAGCCAAAUUUAAUGGCAAGGUAAAUGAUGAUGUUGGAAUAGAUUGGACCAAUGAAAAUGAUCGUCUACUGGUUUGUCAAAUGUGUAUAAAGUUGGCUGAUAUCAAUGGUCCAGCUAAAUGUAAAGAACUCCAUCUUCAGUGGACAGAUGGUAUUGUCAAUGAAUUUUAUGAACAGGGUGAUGAAGAGGCCAGCCUUGGAUUACCCAUAAGCCCCUUCAUGGAUCGUUCUGCUCCUCAGCUGGCCAACCUUCAGGAAUCCUUCAUCUCUCACAUUGUGGGGCCUCUGUGCAACUCCUAUGAUUCAGCAGGACUAAUGCCAGGAAAAUGGGUGGAAGACAGCGAUGAGUCAGGAGAUACUGAUGACCCAGAAGAAGAGGAGGAAGAAGCAGUAGCACCAAAUGAAGAGGAAACCUGUGAAAAUAAUGAAUCUCCAAAAAAGAAGACUUUCAAAAGGAGAAAAAUCUACUGCCAAAUAACUCAGCACCUCUUACAGAACCACAAGAUGUGGAAGAAAGUCAUUGAAGAGGAGCAACGGCUGGUGGGCAUAGAAAAUCAAUCCCUGGACCAGACACCUCAGUCGCACUCUUCAGAACAGAUCCAGGCUAUCAAGGAAGAAGAAGAAGAGAAAGGGAAACCAAGAGGGGAGGAGAUACCAAUCCAAAAGCCAGACCAGUGACAAUGGAUAGAAUGGGCUGUGUUUCCAAACAGAUUGACUUGUCAAAGACUCUCUUCAAGCCAGCACAACAUUUAGACACAACACUGUAGAAAUUUGAGAAGAUGGGCAAAUGGCUAUUGCAUUUUGGGAUUCUUCGCAUUUUGUGUGUAUAUUUUUACAGUGAGGUACAUUGUUAAAAACUUUUUGCUCAAAGAAGCUUUCACAUUGCAACACCAGCUUCUAAGGAUUUUCUAAGGAGAGAAUAUAUAUGUGUGUGUGUAUAUAAGCUCCCACAUAGAUACAUGUAAAACAUAUUCACACCCAUGCACGCACACACAUACACACUGAAGGCCAGGAUUGCUGGCUCCACAAUUUAGUAACAUUUAUCAUGAUAUAUAGUGGUCACUGUGAUAUAAUAAAUCAUAAAGGAAACCAAAUCACAAAGGAGAUGGUGUGGCUUAGCAAGGAAACAGUGCAGGAAAUGUAGGUUACCAACUAAGCAGCUUUUGCUCUUAGUACUGAGGGAUGAAAGUUCCAGAGCAUUAUUUGAAUUCUGAUACAUCCUGCCAACACUGUGUGUGUGUGUGUGUGUGUGUGUGUGUGAAAGAGAGACAGAAGGGAACGGUUUGAGAGGGUGCUUGUGUGCAUGUGUGUUCAUGUGUAAAGAGAUUUUUGUGGUUUCAGUAACUCAUAGAAUAGCUGUAGCAAAUGACUGAGUACAUGUGAACAAACAGAAGGAAGUUCACUUUGGAGUGUCUUUGGGAGGCAGCCAUUCCAAAUGCCCUCCUCCAUUUAGCUUCAAUAAAGGGCCUUUUGCAGAUGGAGGGCACUCAAGGGCUGGGUGAGAGGGCCACAUGUUUGGUAUUACAUUACUGCUAUGCACCACUUGAAGGAGCUCUAUCACCAGCCUCAAACCCGGAAGACUGAGGCAUUUUCCAGUCUACUUGCCUAAUGAGUGUAUAGGAGCUAUCUAUGAGUAUGGAUGUCACUCAACUAAGAUCAAAUCACAAUUUAAGGGGAUGGCAUUCUUUAUAUAUAAACACCUAGGAAAGAGCUGGAGUCAGGUCUUUUAAUCAUGUUAGAAUUCUAAAUGAUGCCAGAGAAGGCUUGGGAACUUGUACUUCAGCGUGAUUGCCUGUGUCUUCUUAAUUUGCUGCAAAAUAUGUGGUAGAGAAAGAAAAGAAAAGGAAACAGAAAAAUCACUCUGGGUUAUAUAGCAAGAGAUGAAGGAGAAUAUUUCAACCCAGGGUUUUUGUGUUGACACAGGAAAAGCCUGAUUCUUGGCAACUGUUGUAGUUUGUCUUUCAGGGGUGAAGGUCCCACUGACAACCCCUAUUGUGGUGUUCCACACGCUGUUUGUUGGGGUAGCUUCCAUUGGCAAUCUGGCCCAUUGUCAGUCAUGCUUCUUCUGGCAGGGGAGAUUAUAGAGAGAUUGUUUGAGGAUUGGGUUAUUAUUGAAAGUCUUUUUUUUGUUUGUUUUGUUUUGGUUUGUUUGUUUAUCUACACUUGUUUAUGCUGUGAGCCAAACCUCUAUUUAAAAAGUUGAUACUCACUUUCAAUAUUUUAUUUCAUAUUAUUAUAUAUGUCAUGAUAGUUAUCUUGAUGUAAAUAUGAAGAUUUUUUUUGUUUCUGUAGAUAGUAAACUCUUUUUUAAAAAAAAGGAAAAGGGAAACAUUUUUAUAAAGUUAUAUUUUAAUCACCAUUUUUAUACAUGGUAGUUCUCUCCAAGCCCAGUAAGAGAAUGAUGAUUCAUUUGCAUGGAGGUCGAUGGACAGCCAAUCAUCUACCUAUUCUAAUUUAAAUGAUAAUCUGAUAUAGUUUUAUUGCCAGUUAAAUGAGGAUGCUGCAAAGAAUGUUUUUUCACUAGUAACUUUUGCUAACAAUGAAUUCUGGGUGCAUAUCUCCCAGAUGAAAAACUGUUAACCAAUACCAUAUUUUAUAGUUGGUGUCCAUUUCUUUCCCACACUGUUUGUUAUGAUUCUUCCUUCAGUACUAUAUACAGACCUGCUCAUUAUCUAAACAAUCUUAGCUUCUAAGUAAACCUUGAUUGUGAUUUCCAGUUUUUAUUUUCUCUGAUGUAGUAGAAAGCAAUGUUUACAUUAAAAAUACUUUUGUUUCUCAUAAAUGGAUAUUGUACUCCCCCCUUUCAAAGCAUUAUUUUACAAUAAUUCAUGGCAUUUUAAAAAAUAAGGCAAAGAUAAUACAACAAAAAAUAUACAUGGUUUCAAGGCAAAUUCUCCAAUAAGUAGGAAAAUGUAAAAAGGAUCAAGUGGAUGCAGCCUCUACCUAAAUAAAUUAAAAUAUAUUUCAGAAUAUUUCUGAAUUAACACCAGGUCUUCAUUAUUUAGAACUUACUAAAUUGUUUUCAUUUUCUUAGUUUUACCUGUGUAUCUCUAUGUUUGCAAAAAUUACUAUGAGUCCAAUUUUGCCAGUGAAUUUAAUUAUUUUUCUUUCCUUGCGAGUAAGAGAAGGGGAAAAAAGCAUUUAUCUUCUCAUACCCCUUGCAUCUAAGUACUUAACAAAGCCAAUAUUUUCCCAUUUUCCAAAUGCUGUCCGUCUCUAAUAUAAAUAUUAAUUGAACAUAGAGCUAUGUUUGGAGUGAGUGGACUGGCAGGACAUUUGGAAGUGCAUCACAGUCUAUUGACAGUUUCAUGAAAGCUGUAUAGUCCAACUAGUGGGGCAGCUUGGCUCCUAUGGUGGAAGUCUCAGCAAACUGCCUGGUUUUGUCUGUUUGUUUUGUUUUAAGGUACAGGAAAUAAGAGGAAUAAUAGUGGCCAAAGCAAUUAGAACAUCUUCAUUCCAGGACUGUGUUCAGCAAUCCGGGCAGAUUGAUACAUUUUUCUUUAAAAAUAAAUUGCUAUUACAGCUAGAAGUCAAUUGGGAUAAAUAAAGGGAUGAAGAGCCACUAAGUUUGUGACUCUCAUACACACCCAGUACAUCUCAAAGGAUGCUAAGGGACAUUUUCUGCCAGUAGAGUUCUCCCCCUUUUUGGUGACAGCAAUAUUAUUAUGUUCACAUCCAACUCCAGAGCUUACUUCCUGUGGUGCCAAUGUAUUUGUCGCAAUUUACUACAUUUUUAUAUGAGCCUAUUUAUAGGUGCCAUUAGAUAAACUCAGGUCUUUCAAAUGAAAGAGUUUCUAGCCCACUUAGGGAAAAAGAUAAUUGUUUAGAAAACCAUAAAAUCAAUGGUAGGAAAAGUUGGAACUGGUUACCUGGAUGCCAUGGUUCUCUGUUAAGUAAAAGACCAGGUAUAUUCUGAGUGUCAUCAGUGUUAUUUUCAGCAUGCUAAUAAAUGUCUUUCCAGUUAUAUAUCUAAAUUAACCUUUAAAAUAUUGGUUUCCUUGAUAAAAGCACCACUUUUGCUUUUGUUAGCUGUAAUAUUUUUUGUCAUUUAGAUAAGACCUGGUUUGGCUCUUAAUAAAAGAUGAAGACAGUAGCUCUGUACAGGGAUAUAUCUAUAUUAGUCUUCAUCUGAUGAAUGAAGAAAUUUUCUCAUAUUAUGUUCAAGAAAGUAUUUACUUCCUAAAAAUAGAAUACCCAAUUCUGUCUAUUUUGGUUGAAUACCAGAACAAAUCUUACCGUUACAAUCCCAGUAAAAUGAAAGAAAAGGAAUAUCUUACAGACUGUUCAUAUUAGAUAUAUGUAGACUGUUAAUUUGCAGUUUCCCCAUAUUUCCUGCCUCUCUUACCCAGAGAACUUUCUUUGAAGGUAAAAGCUGUGCAAAAGGCAUGAGACUCAGGCCUACUCUUUGUUUAAAUGACGGAAAAAUAUAAAUUAUUUUCUAAGUAAUAAAAGUAUAAAAAUUAUCAUUAUAAAUAAA